AUGUCCCUGUCGAAAUGGACAAUUGAUUUUAAACCAGGAGCAGAGUCAUCAAUUGCACCAGUUUGGGUCAAUUUUCCGGGUCUUCCAUUGCCGUUUUUUGAAAAGCAAUUUUUGCUUAAGCUAGGUACCUUGCUUGGUCGUCCCUUGAAAGUGGAUGAAGCUACGGCUUCACUGAAGCGUCCAUCUGUUGCCCGUAUAUUGUUGGAGAUCGAUGUUUUGCAGUCUCCUAAAUCCAGGAUUUGGAUUGGAGAUGAUCAGUGGGGUUUUUGGCAGAAAAUUGAGUACGAAGGGUAUCCCGCUUAUUGUGGUUUUUGCUCGUUGAUUGGUCAUACAGAAUCUGUCUGUCAUCGCAAACAUCCGGAAUUGCGGCCGGUGCGUCGUUCUGGACCAUCAGCUACGCCACACGUCAGACAAGUUUUUCAACCUAAGGGGGUACCUGCUGUUGAGGAAUCUCCUCCUGUUGUGGAUCCUGGGCUUGUGGUAGCCAUGGGGGUAAAAGAGCCUGAAACUGGUAUUUGUGCGACAGAUGUUGUCAUCCCUGAGAUUCCACCACCGUCUGAUAACCCUGUUAGGGGAAAUUCUUCUUCAGCUAGUGUUCCUAUUCUUGUUCUCUCUAAUGCAUCUCGGGGGGCUGAGGCGGAUGCGCAGAAUUUUCUCACUCUUGUUCCCCAGGAAUCUUCUUCUCCGGCUAAGGCUUUAUCGGACAAUAUCCUCUCUUCUGAUGGGGAUGACCGUCUGUUGGCGUUGAGUUCGAGGGUUGGUAGAGAGAGGAAGAGAGAGAUUUCCUCUUCUCUCUCUCCUACACGGCAUCACGGUCAUGUUCGACUGGUGCGGGCUAAUUCUGAAGGCCGGUCGGGGGUGAAAGGUCUUUCCUUAGUUGAGCUUAAAAGUUUUCAGGAUCGGCUGCCCGGCAGAAUCCAAGCAUCUAAGCUUUGUUGCGAUCCGGUCGCUACGGGAGUUUCUCUGGAUGAUGCCGACUCUCAUUUGCUGCAACAGUUGAUUCAAGGCCACAAGGGUCGUAGUAGACAGUCCAGGAAACGAGAAGGGGACUACAACGUUGUUUCUUGCGCGGAGGAAAGGAUUGGAGGAUCUGCUCCCAAUAUUCGUGAUUUGGAGGAAUUCAACUCUGCUUUACAUCGGAGUGGGCUAUUCCCAGUUCAAUUCGAUGGGUCUGCGUACACAUGGACCAAUGGUCGCAUGUGGCAGCGUCUCGAUCGAGCGGUCGUUAAUGGCGUUUGGCUGUCUGAUGUAGAGAUGACUCGAGUAGCUCAUCUUCAACGAGGGCGGUCUGAUCAUUGUCCGUUGUUGAUCAGGGGAGGAAGUACGUCAACUAGGCGCUCUUCAUUCCGGUUUCUUAAUGUCUGGCAAGGUCAUUCCAGUUUUCAAACAACAGUGAAGUCUGCGUGGGCUCAGACUGUGUCUGGAGUGGGAAUGCAGAAAUUCUUUAAUAAGUUGCAGGUGGUUAAACGAGUUUUAUCUCGAUGGAAUGGGCGGGUCUUUGGGAAUGUCUCUCAAAGGGUCCAAGUGGCAGCGGAUAAUUUAUUGGCCAAGGAAAUUUUGUAUGACCAGAAUAGAGAUACGCUGUCGAGGAUGGCAGUCCACGAGGCAAGGGCAGUUCAUUCUCGGGAGCUUGCGUUGGAAUGUGAAUUCUGGAGACAAAAGGCAGCGAUCAAGUGGAUCAAAGAGGGCGACGCUAAUACAUCCUUUUUCCAUGCAGCAGUUAAGCAGAAACGCAGCUCUAAUUUUAUUUCACGCAUUAGGGGUAACGGGGAUUGUUGGUUUGAUAGUAUUGAUGAUAUUAAGCUGUCGGCGGGUGAUUUUUUCUCCUCUUUGUUCACGGCCGACCGCGCUGCUUGUUCUGGCAGCAGACCGUCUAUUGAUCUGCCCAAGCUUACGCAGGAAGACAAUGACUUGCUGCUGAAAUCACCAUCGGUAGAAGAAGUUCAUAAGGUAAUUUGCUCCCUGGACCCUCAGAGUGCUGCGGGCCCUGACGGGUUUGGAGGGGGCUUUUAUCAAAGUUGCUGGGAGUGUAUCAAGGAUGACUUCAUGGAUGCGGUGAAGGAUUUCUUCGCUGGUGCAACAAUGCCUCGUGGGUUUUCAAGUACCACGAUCACAUUGCUGCCUAAAAAGGAGGGUGCGUGUGAGUGGAAAGAUUUCCGACCAAUAAGCUUAUCCAAUGUUAGCUCGAAGAUCAUUUCUAAGAUUUUGUCGACCCGCAUUAAUCAGUUUCUUCCUAAGUUGAUUUUAGAGUUUCAGACUGGCUUUAUACCGGGUAGGGGAAUACAGGAUAAUGUUCUCCUCGCACAGGAAUUAAUCCUGGAUUUGGACAAGAAAUUGCGUCACCCUAACGUAAUAUUGAAAUUGGAUAUGGAGAAGGCUUAUGACAGGGUGGAAUGGGGGUUUUUAUUAUACAUGCUUCGUGAAUUCGGCUUUAAGGAGGGUGUGGUAGAUCUGAUUUUUCGUUUAAUAUCCAAUGUGUGGUUUUCUGUGUUGGUUAAUGGGGAGCUCACGAGUGUUUUCAAGUCGACUAGAGGGGUUCGUCAGGGGGAUCCUCUAUCUUCCACUCUUUUCCUUUUUGUAUCUGAAUUUCUUGGCCGGGGCCUCCAGCAGCUGUUUACAAACACCCCGGGUUUUAGAUUUUUGUCUAAGGGAGGGCUGGUCCCGUUCCUUGCGUUUGCCGAUGACAUGGUUAAUUUUACGCGGGCAUCGUCUGAAUGUCUGCUGGCUGUGUCGUCCCUUCUUCGACAAUAUGAAAUUCUUUCGGGCCAAAAAAUUAAUCUCUCCAAGAGUCGUUUCCUUUGUUCGUCGAAGCUUCCUUCGGAGAUUAUCACCUUAAUUCAGCAAGUUACGGGAUUUCAAGAGCAGUCUUGGCCUGUGAAAUAUUUGGGAGUUCCACUUAUUCGUGGUCGUAAGAAAAGUAUCUUUUUUGAUGGAGUUUUUGCUUCUGUUCGAGCAAAGCUGCAUCAUUGGAGCUCCCGGUUUCUUUCUGCGGGGGGGAAGCUCAUCUUGCUUCGUCAUGUGUUGAACUCAAUGCCUCUCUAUCUGUUGCAGGUUUCUAAACCACCUAAGGGGGUUUUUCUUAGGUUAGGCAGGCUGUUUAAUGCGUUCUUGUGGGAUGGCAAGGAUGGUAGACGGAUUCAUUGGUCGUCCUGGGAGAAAUUAUGUUUCCCUGUUGAAGAAGGGGGGUUGGGUUUUCGAUCUCUGUUGGACUUAGAGAAGGCUUUUGCAAUGAAAUUAUGGUGGAGAAUUCGACAAAAGAGUUCUCCGUGGGCAAUCUUUAUGCAUCGCAAGUAUAUUGGCGGUCAGCAUCCUUUCUUGGCAGCGGCUGGCGUUGGGUCGGCAACAUGGAAGCGGGUCUGCUCGGUUCGGGCUAUAGCUGAAGAUAAUAUUCGUUGGCGUCUUGGCGAGGGGUUCAUCGAUUUAUGGCAUGAUCGAUGGCUCCUCGAUGAACCGCUUAGCAGGCAGUUUGAUGGGGCGCCUCCUCAUUGCUUAGUAGCUGAGUUUUAUAGCUCUACGGGGUGGAAUUUUCAACGGCUCCUCCAGGUUCUUCCUCGAUCUGUUGUUAAUAAUAUUUCACGAACAAUUGUUGAUCCGGCUCUUAAGGACGAAUUGGUUUGGGCUCCUUCGGCGGAUGGUACGUUCUCUGUGUCAUCAGCCUGGGAGUUAAUUAGACAGCGGCGUAACCUGUCCUUGGUUUGGCGUGGAAUUUGGUGUCCAUUGCUGCCUUUAAAAAUGUCUUACCUAGCUUGGAGGGUUUUGGCUGAAUUUCUUCCGCUGGACGACCAGCUCCGUUCUAGAGGAUUUUCUUUGGUUUCCAAAUGCGACUGUUGUGGUGAUUCAGCGGAGUCUUUGCAUCAUAUUUUUUUGCAGGGCAGAUUAGCAAGCGCUGUUUGGCAGCAUUUCUUCCUGGCUUGCGGAAUCCCGUGGGGAUCAUUCUCAUGCGUUUCUUCGCUGCUGGUGGUGUGGUUUCAAUCUUCUGGGAAUGGGCGGCUGAAUCAUGUUCGGUGUGCUAUACCAGUUGUAGUGCUGUGGUUUCUGUGGCGUAGUAGGAAUGAUGCUCGGUUUGGAAAUAUUCCCUCGGCCUAUUCUAAAGUUAUUUUCGAUGUCAAUGGGUGGUUGGUUGCUACGGGGGCUGCACGCAUGUUAAACAGAUUUCAGUUGGAGGGGGAUACAGAUACGUAUUUUGCUCGGUACUUUCGGAUCAAACCGGGUAAAUCAUUACGGCCGAAGGCUAUAUCAUGGAUGAAGCCUCCUCGGGGGUCAAUCAAGCUGAACACCGACGCAAGUGUGACUAAUGGGUUGGCAAAAGGCGGUGGAGUGAUACGCGAUUUUGAAGGGAAGAUGCUUGGUGCUUUUUAUAAAGAGUUUGGAGAAUGUGAAGUGGUUCAUGCGGAGGGAUUAGCUUUGUUGACUGGGCUACAGUGGUGUGUUGAGACAGGGUUGUCAGGUAUUUUAGUGGAAGUGGAUUCUCUAGCAUUGGCACGGCUGGUUACUAGUCAAUCGGUUGGUAAGUGGCCGUUGUGUAGCGUCUUAAGUCAAAUUCGUCUGUUGCUCGGUAAGGUGAAUGGGGCCAUUUCGCAUAUUUAUCAUGAGGCGAAUGCCGUGGCAGACAGCUUAGCGGCGUUAUCUCUGGAGAGUUCAUGGGUUACUUUCCAAUCUCAUCAGCAGCUGCCAAGUAGAGCUCGGUCAUUGAUUCAUUUGGAUGCAAUAGGUUAUCCAUAUAUUCGCAAUGUUAAUUGUUAG